GGUGGGGUGGGGUCGCCGGCGGAAGUGACGCACUUGUUGCUGCGGUGACGGGUCUGCCCUGGCGCUCGGUCCGCUCCGUUUCGCUCAUCUCGUUUGGCUUUUUAAAGCACGGUCAUUAUGUCCGGCGGCGGCGGAGAGUUCGGCAACCCCUUGCGCAAGUUUAAGCUCGUCUUCCUGGGCGAACAGAGCGUUGGAAAGACAUCGCUGAUAACCAGGUUUAUGUAUGACAGUUUUGACAAUACUUACCAGGCAACAAUUGGAAUUGAUUUUCUGUCGAAAACUAUGUAUUUGGAAGAUCGGACGAUCAGACUCCAGCUGUGGGACACUGCAGGCCAGGAACGAUUCCGCAGCCUCAUUCCCAGCUACAUCCGUGAUUCGGCUGCUGCUGUUGUAGUGUUUGAUAUUACAAAUCUGAACUCAUUCCAACAGACUUCAAAAUGGAUUGAUGAUGUACGGAUAGAAAGAGGAAGCGAUGUCAUCAUUAUGUUAGUUGGGAAUAAAACCGAUCUGGCAGAUAAAAGGCAGGUUUCGAUGGAAGAAGGUGAGAGGAAAGCCAGGGAGGUGAACGUUAUGUACAUUGAAACCAGUGCUAAAGCAGGAUAUAAUGUCAAGCAGCUUUUCCGGCGUGUAGCAGCUGCUCUCCCUGGAAUGGAUAAUGCACCUGAAAAGAGCAAAGAAGACAUGAUUGAUAUCAAGCUGGAGAAACCACCUGAACCACCAAUCAAUGAGGGUGGCUGCUCCUGCUAAUACUGGCACAAUCAAACUCUUCCUUAUUGGCCAGCAUCACCAAUCACAUUAGUCAUUGACUAGCCACCUUUCUCCCUCUUGAUGGUGUGCUGGCUUGGUAAUGUGUGAGCGUGCUGCUGCCGCCGAGGUGUCAAACACACCAGGAGCUUCAUUCAGAAAAUUCAAUUUCAUUUCCUUCAGCUGCAUGGUUUAUUUAAGAUCUGAGAUCGAGUUUGAUUUUAUGUUAUGUAUUGCACUCUAACACUGAGCGAUGCAGUCCUCUACAUUGUACAGAAAUAUGUGCACGAUGUAAAAUGUUUGUGUGAAUAUGCAAAGAUGUUGCUGUAUCAGAUUUUCAAAAAGGAAAAAUUGUCUGUGAUGAAGUCCUGAUGUGAGUAUGAGCUGAGCUGAGUUGCGGUUGUUGGUUUGGCAAUAGAUGAGGGGAGGGUGUGGAAGCAACAAACGUGUUCUGAAAGACUCUUGGUGUCUGAUUGAUCUGGUAUGCUGUCUUGGGUGAUUUGUGAUGGAUACAUACCAAUAGCAGACCAGAGUUGAUUUUUCUACCUUUGAGGAAAUUCACAAUGCUGCAUUAAUUACUUGCCUCCUCUGAAUAUGGCUUAUCAGCUUUUGUGCAUAAGCAUAUGGAGUUCAAGUGCAGAAGAGGAAUGCAGUGGUGUGAUAGCUGCUUAUUUAAAAGUUUAAUGACAGAUUAUUGUCUUUGAUUAAGUAAUUAAAGAUUUCCCUCUGAUUAUUCCUUCCAAAGUAGGCAGUGAUUAUGGCUUUUGGUACCCUUAAAACGAGAUCAUGCUAUAUAAAUUAAGUUUGUGAUAUGGGCUGAAAGUUGAACAGGAGGCAUUUCUUACUGUUAUUUCCUUAAUCUUCUAGAUAAUAUUCUAAUAAAGAGCAUUCUUUUCAAAAGUCUCAAGUUUCAUUUUCCAAAUCUGCUUUAAUAUUCUAGACUAAAAUCCCGUUCCCAGGUAGUUUGCAUUUGUCGGUAUUUUUCUGAUUGGGUUUUCUGAAAAGGGAUACAAGAAUUUUAUUUGUUAAUUUGAAUGUCCAAGUAACCAGGUGCUUGGUUGCAAAUUUAUGUAUUGACCCACACUGCAUUGUUUGAGACUAAUUAGAAUCUGAAUAGGGUUGAAAGAAUGUUUUAGUACAAGAUCAGUGUAAUUAGUGGAAUCAAGUGGAAUUAGUAUUACUUGAAUUUACAGCUCUGUACACCAGUUUGUUUGCAAGUUACCAAUUUACCAGAAAACAUUCUCAAGAUGAGCCACAAUGACAGUUUUUAAAGUUUCUUGGUCUGCACACAGCGUCUAUGCCUGUAAUACCAAAAGGCAGUGAUAUGCAACUGCUUGAUUUGGGCGAGUCUAACAUUUAUUGCUUUGUGAACAACUGAAAUCUGGUCAUUAGGAAGUUUAAUUCCACAACAACGUAUUCACGUGAAUUUGUAAUCCUUUUGGUUUUUAUGAGAUAUGCAGACUCAAAUGGAUUUAUGGACAAUAUUUUGAUGAAUUUACAGUUUUCAACUAAUCUUAAAUCUCAACUAUUGACUCUUUCACCCUAUAAAAUUGUGUGCUGUGUACUCCUGAUGUUUCCAUAUUCCCUCCACUAUAAAUAUUCAUGUGAUGCUGUGCAUUAGAUCACUACACAUUGAGAUGCUAUGUUAAAGCUAAUUUAACAUUUUAUGUCAGAGACCUAACAGAAGUGCAGAUUAAACAGAUUCUGGCCAAUAUUCUUCAAUUGAGCAUCCAUUUUUAAACCAUUUUUAACCAUGUAGGAAGGUAUUAACAUGUGAUGGUUGGUUUGAACUCUCAGCAGACUCCAAAUUAACAUUGUUUUGUUAUACAUUUUUGUACCUGUAACUAGAGAGCAUGGGAUAUCAUUGUCCCCUUUCAUAACAUUUAACCACUGAUGAUUACAGCUCUUUGGUUUCAGAAAACCCUGGUUUCAGAAAACCCUAUCACUUCUGUAUCAAACCCUAUCAUGAAACUGCAUGAAUAGCUUGAGGAAAAAAAUGGGUUAUAAAUAGUGGGAUUUAGGAACCUGGAAAUAGUGAUGUGUUGUGCACAAAUAUUGUGACAGAAUCCUAUGAAAUGAUUAUACCAUUAAAACGUAGUAGUGAUCCACUUUGUCUCACUUUAAAUUUGUAUCUCCAAUCACACUUGAAAUAAGCAGCUUGCCCUUUUCUGGAAGGAUAGGAACACGAGUGAGUGAGUUAAUUGUGUCACUCAGUGAAAUACUCCAUUUGAACUUUACCAUAUCUAAUCAGCUUCAUUUGAUGGUGAAGGUAUGCAAGGUUGAAGUUGCAAAUGAGAUACAAAAUAUGGCUUUCCUGUUCGUCAUGACAAUGAUUGUUGGUAUUCUAAUGCAGCCUGUGGAGGCCAGUGAUGAAGGACAUUCUCUUGAAUAAUUUGAAAACAGCCUAUAACAAUGACAAUAUCUGCGGGCUAGUAGUACCUGAGCAUCCUCCAUCAGUUGUGUAUUUUUUGAAUAUUUAGAACAGUUGUCUUUUUUGUUGUAAAUACUUAACAAUUGUAUUGUUCUCAUGUCUAUGUAUGCAUUUGCCAGUUUAAAAUCUUUGGAAAAGCAGUAAGACACUAACCCACUCAUCUGUACUGAAGUUUAUGCCCUUAUCACUUAGAUUAGCUCAGCCUGUGUACCUGUGUCUGAAGUCUUUUGCAAAGAUUAAUGUCACAUCACUCAAACAAUUCACUGACACCAACUGUGUAAUAAAGAAACUGUCUUCAUAUUUCGAGUAAUAAAAGUCGUCUCAUUACAGCUAGUUAUUAGAUUAUUUGUAUUAAGGUACCACCUGUUGUAAAGUAACAUCCUUGUAUCACACAAUAAAAUAAGCCAUUUCACCACA